UCGCGCGUCUCUUCGCGCCGGUUGCUUCUCGCUCGAUCUCGUCUCGUGUGCGCGUCCCUUGUCAAAGUUACCGCGGAACAGCCGUGAGGAUGAUCGCGACGUGAACCUCGCCACGCGAUCACGGAGUGCUUCUCUUUUCCUCUCUCGACCACGAAAACAGAUUGUGUACAACAUUGUUACGGUUUGCUCCGCGCGAUCCAGGAUGCGGCGCGUCGCGGCUCUGCUGGCCCUACUCGUCUGCAUGUCGGCACCUGUUCUCGGUGAAGAUGGCGAUCUUUACUUUUCGGUGAGUCCCGCGGAACACUCGGUCGUCGAAGGACGUCCGGUUCGCUUGAGAUGCGAGGCUCAGCCGACUUCGCAUGUUAAAUACUCAUGGAAGAUAGAUGGACAGCCGCUUGCCCCCAGCCCACGAAGACAUCAGGUCGAGGGUGAUCUUUAUAUCACCCGGGUCAAUCGAAUCUUGGACAGCGGGAAUUUCGUUUGCGUGGCCACACACGAGGAAACUGGCUAUUCGAUCGAGAGCUCGCCCGUCAAGAUCAACAUUCAAUGGGUCAGCGAGGCGGGUGUGCAACUGCAGCAGCCGAAAUUGCCCUCCACGAUUCACCUGGAUAGCGAGGUCGAGCUUCGAUGUCACGUCGACGGUUCCGGCGACAUGAAAUACGAGUGGUUCAAGAACAGGGUGAGCAUAGCGCGAAGCGAUCAUGUCGAGAUCAAGAAAAAAAAGCUGCACAUACACAGAGCGGUUCCCGGGGACAGUGGCAUGUACACCUGUCUCGCGAAGAACGAGGCGGGAGCCUCGCCGGUGACGAAGAGCUACCCGUUAAUCGUUUCCGGAAAUGAAACUGCGACGAUUAAAGUCGUUCCGAGAGACUUGAUCGCCAAGCGUGGCGAGCCGGCCGCUCUGCACUGCGUCUUCGAGGACGCCGACGAGGUGCAAUGGUUCUUCAAGGAAAUCGGUCCGCUGGAAUCCGACGAGGAACGGACGAUCUUCGAGAAUGGUACUCUUAUGAUACACGCCGCUGAUCAAAGGGACCAAGGAUUCUAUUCCUGCCAUGGAACGAGAGACGAGAUCACAAUCAGUUACACGGUCGAAUUACAAAUUGCCUAUUUGCUAAAUUUUUCGAUGGCCGCCUUCGAACCGAAACUUCCAACUCAAAUGGCGAUUGUCGGCGAGGAUCAAGAAUUCCAAAUAAGUUGUCUGGAGCCCUUAGGACUUCCUCCGCCCAAGGUUUAUUGGAAAGAUCCCACAGGACAUAUUAUAAGCGAUACCGGCCCUGUGCGUGUACAAGACAACACGCUCAUCAUUGCGAGGGCACGGAUGAACGAGGACGACGGUAAUUACACUUGCAUGGCCGAGAAUCUUGCCGGUGAAACGGAUAUAUCCGUCCAAAUAGUUAUAUCAACUCCGCCAAGUAUAAUAAGCUCCCCAGAGUCGCUCAGCGUGAUGGAAGGUGAUUCCGUGACGCUGACUUGUUCGUAUUCCGGUAUGGAACCGCCGGUAACGAACGUGCACUGGUUGAAGGACGGGACGCAGCUGAGGGAAUCGGGCGGCCCGACGAGAUACCGCGUUACCGAUAAUCAUGGCAAUGUUACCUUGCACUUCAAGAGCGUCGACCUGUCCGAUAAGGGGCACUACAUGUGUCAGGUAUUCACCAUGGGUUUCCCGUCCCUGUUUUCGGACCAGGCUGUUCUCACAGUCGAGGAGAAGUUGAAAUUCUCGCCACAGCCUGUCAAUAAACGCCUGGAGCUCGGCUCCACGGCAAAGGUAUCGUGCAAGGCCCAGGGUGCGACGAAUCCCACGGUGAAAUGGGUCAAGGAGGGUGAGGACGAGGAAUUCCCCAAACAUGUUCAGGAUAUUAAUGGCACUCUACACUUCAACGGCGUAUUGGAGGAGGACAAGGGUCAAUACACUUGUAUCGCGAGCAACGCCCAGGGAUCCAUUAAUCACACGAUUAACAUUGAUGUAGUUAUCGCGCCGAAAUUCACGGUACAACCACAAAAUCCAACAGAGGCGAUCGAGGGAUAUCCUGUGAUGAUACAUUGUGCCGCCGAGGGUGAUCCUAAACCGACUAUUCAAUGGGAUAAAGAUUCUCGCAUGAAUAAUCUAGAUAAUCCUCGAUUCGAAGUGUUAAGUAAUGGAAGUUUGUACAUUAAGGAGGUAUAUCUUAGUGACGAAGGAAAGUACGGAUGUACCGCUGGUAAUAGCGGAGGUCUAAAACGAGAGGAAGUUCAAUUAAACGUAAAAGCUGGAGAUAAUUAUAGAACCGACAUGGAUCUAGAGACAAAUGAUGAAGGAACGAUGAUGACUAAGACUGUAACGAUUACUCUUAGCGCAGCCGCAGGAUAUAUGGUGCUCGUCGUUGGUCUCAUGUUAUAUUGUCGUUAUCGUCGUCGUCGUAGAAAGCAACAAUAUCUGCAGGAACAAACGGAAGAAAAAUUGGAGAACGGUGACGUACAGGAAGAACAAACGGAAUUGAAAGAAACUGGGAAUAAAGUAAAUUCGACGAGUAAGAAGAAGGAGAAUCGUGAUUCCCAUAACAAGAGUGACGGCGCGGAUACUGCUCACAGCCAGAGUAGCAAUCAGUCUAAAAAAUCCAAGUCAAAUUAUGAUAAAAUCGCAGUCUCGCGAAGCAUUAAAGAAUUGAAGCCUCUUGGUCGGGGUGAAUUCGGUGAGAUUUAUUCUACUAAGUAUCAGGUUGAUGGUGACAAAGAGUCUUUGGUUAUGGUCAAGAGUCUCAUAAACACAAAAGAUGAGAUUGCUCUUCAAGAAUUUAAACGGCAUCUAGAUCUCGUCUAUAAACUUAAUCAUGAGAAUGUCGUCAAGCUGAUCGGUUUAUGUCGAGAGGAGGAGCCCGAUUAUAUGAUCUUGGAAUACACUGACUGGGGUGACUUGAAACAAUUCUUGAUUGCUUCGCGAAAGGAUAAUAAUUCCAGUCCGACACACGAAUCGAAGCCGCCGCGUGCGCCUCAGCUGUCAGUGGCGCAAAUAUUGUCGCUGUCAAAUCAGGCCGCAAAGGGCCUAAAACAUUUAGCCGAUAAUCGAUUGGUCCACAAGGACAUAGCCGCGCGUAAUUGUUUGAUCGCCAGCAAUUUGACGAUCAAGAUCUCGCUACCAUGCAUGACCAAAGAGCCGUAUCAGCAAGAAUAUACGAAGCAUCGAAAUCAGGUCAUUCCGUUAAGAUGGCUGCCCUACGAAGCCGUGUACGAGGACGAGUACUCCACCAAGAGCGAUGUAUAUUCGUUCUCGUGCCUAGUCUGGGAGAUGUUCCACCAGGGCGAAUUACCGUUCAACAAAUUGAACGACGAGUCCGUGCUGACUCAGCUCAAGGCGCAAACGCUCACGUGGAAGCCGCAUAAGGCGGCACCGCCGGCUCUUCAAGAAUUGCAGACUCAGUGUUGGGCGAAUGAUCCGCGCGAGAGACCAACCUUUGACGAGGUGGUCUCGAAAAUAGGCGAAAUUGUAGUCGACAGCUGCCUAUAGACUAGAUUCGUGAUCGAAUUGUGCGAGGCUUUGAAUAUCGGAAAUACUGCAAUAGGGGUAAUAAUUGUGCGGAGCUGUACGUCGAGAGGUAAGGCUGACAAGUGCCGAUGAUUACGCGGCGAUAAUCCCUCCCGUGCGAGGAGGAGGGAUACGAGAAUGCCGCGGCUUCGCACGCGAAAAUAAUUAACCGGCUUUCAUGUUAAACGCUUCGUAUCGAUUAUAUAUGCAUAAUGAAUUAUAGGGAAUCCUACUUUUUUGUAAAAGGGAAAAUGCUUGCUCAUUAAUCAUCGAAUGCGAGGAUUACGUGUUUCAAUGACGUCAUCGCAAAACGUGAUGUAUAAACUUUACGCGGAAUUCAAGUCGCACGUCACACAUCGUGUAUAUCAUUUAAAUGCACGUCGUUGCAUGUAAUCAAGUGGCAUCUUCAUCGUAUGAGAAGAGUUUUUAUAUAUUUUAUAUUUGGAAUUCGCUUCAGAGAUUUAUUUAUCAUUAUCAUAUUUCGAUUUAGAUUCUUUUAUCGUUUACACGAACGUUGUUUUCCGAAAAAAACACGUGAUCGAGCAAUCUCCGUGUUAUGCGAUCAUUGAACGUUAUAUGUCGAUCUCCUUUAUUGCUUCCCUGUUAUAUUAUAUAUAUUAUCAGGUAGAGAACGACAUAAAAAAAUCAUUGAUUCCACAAUAAUUAUUCGUAUUACAGUAUUCUGUCGCGUCCACUAGCUCGAUAAGAAAGCUCGAUAAGUAAUAUUUAUUUCGAGUAACAUUUCCGCUCCAAUGACUGUUCUUCUAUCGUCGAUCUAAGUAACGAUCUGUAUGGGCCCAUUACACAUUAUUACGCCAUUAGUGCAAUACUUAGUAUACAGUAUCGAUAUAAUAAUAAGUAUCAUCAUCACACAUCGAAUACUCGUAAGAUAAUACGUUAAUUGUUAGGUAACGAAAAUCGAGAACGGGAACGUUCAAUCGAAUUUUCCGGGAUCACACGGACGAUCUCGAUUGAAUCUGAUCGAACUCGACGCUGCAAUGACAUGCAUAUUAAGAAAGUAUCACGACCAUAUCAAAUGACGAAGGAAGUCUUAUCUCCGCCUAUUUACUUCUAUACGCGUUACACCACUAAGCAUAAAAAGAAACUUUUUAUAACGUAUAUUAUUUAUAACGUAUAUAUUUAUGUGUGAUAAAAAUGCAAUCGACCACUCGUACUUGACGAAAAAGACGGCCUUGUACAUACACCGAUGGUAUACGCUGGUAUACGCGUAAGCUCCUUUUUAAGCGCGAAAAAGACUACCAUGAAUCAUCGUGUUAAUUUCCAUUAACGUGAUCAUUCGAGUCCCCCAUGACUUUUUACUAUGGCAAAGAAUUUCAUCGUGGAUUGAUAUCAGAGGUAAAAAGAUCGUGGCACGCGCGGCACUAAACGCCGAGAGAAUGAUAACAGCGAUAUAACAGAAUGACAUACUUGAAAAGCCUAUUUUUACACACGGAAAUUAGAGUCGAUCAGAUCAGAGGCGAAAUAAAUAUCGCUCGCGAUAUUUUUGCAUUCGGGAUCUACGGUUUGAUAAAUAGCGCGAACAAUCUAUUCGCGAUGGUCCAAUGAGAGGGAUGUGCUGAAUAUAUACUCGACCCCGUAUUAUCCGAUUUAUACAACGAAAAAUCAACGUUCGUACUUUAACGUAAGUUUCAACGUUUCGCACCUAUUUUGCAUUUAAUUCUACUGUAAGGGACCGUAGGGAGAGAACUCGCGAGGCAAUUAUGGUGCGCACAUUCGCUUCUUCCAUUUUACGCAAGACUUCCGUUGAUGCUUCGAAGGCCAAGUGUUCGAAGGAUACAAAA